CCAGGGGAAGAUAAAACAUGGCGCACCGAGUACAAGUCCCAAACUACCCAGUCGAACAGAAUGGUAUACACAAGGAGCAGAAGCUAUUAGCUUAUAACUUAUGUAUAUGAAAAGAUGAGGCGCUGGAGAUAGAACCAGAGCAGUUUAGAUUUGCUUAUUAAUGGGAGUUACAUUACGGCAUUACAUUACGUUGCGACAAGAAUAAGAAUAAUACGUUUUCAGAAAUACUUAGCAAGCUCAGUUAGCCUCCAGCUCUGACUCCUGCAGUUGUACAUGCACCGUAAACACUCUUGGUUUAUCUCUUACUGAAGUAAUAACAGUUUUCACUUCAGAAAUGUGGGGCGAAAUUGACUCGUGUGUCACCCCCGCCUGUCCUACUCCCUGUGAUAAAACAGGGGAUGAGGACAAGAUGGACCAGUAUACCAGUGAUCCGCCAGACACCUCUGCUCAUAUUCAGAAUGAAGGUUUCAGCCAGCUGGAUGCAAUGAUAUCAGCCAUAGUGGUCAGUGGGAGUCCAGUAAAGAGCCAGCAGCUGGGUGAACCUGACCUUACUAUAGAGGAGAAGAAGCACUUGCUGAUGGAACAGUAUAACACCAAGCCCGUAGUCUUUCUUGAGCGUUAUCACACACAUUUGAAACCGGAUCAUUUGGAGGCCUUUGCGCACGUGAGAGGUGACUGUAGAACGCAGUAUUACUGUACAGAAGUUCAGAAACAAGCUUCAAGUUCAGCCAAAAAAACGAGGGUGCGCAACCAUCGCUAUGCAGCUCUCCGGGCACUCCAGCAAGGAGGUCAGUACUUCAGUGAGGAGCAGAUGCGUUUUCGCGAGCCUCUUCUGUACGAGCAGUACAUUGGUCAGUACCUCAGUGAGGAGGAGAUCCUACAGCGCUCUGAAGACGCAAUGCAGAACGGACCGACCGGUCUUUCUGACCUGCUCAUCAACUCUUACCAGGAAAAAGAGCUCCAGAAACGCCUGGAGGAGGAACAAGGCAGAGAGAACUGUGCAGAGCAGGAGGAAGAGGAGGACGAUGAGGCACCUACACAGUCAGAAUGGGAACCGACAGCAGAAGAGAAAGCCAUGCUUAAAGAGGAGUUUCUGACUCAAAUGCACCAACGCUUCUUAGAGGGCAGAGACAAAGACUUUAACUACAGUGACGUGGACGAGAACCCAGAUUAUGAUAAUCUAGACAUUUUAAGUCGUGAUGCUGAAGAAAGGUACUUUGAUGAUGAUGAUGAAGAGGAAAUCGAAGAGGAGGAAAAUGAAGACACAAAUAUGGUGUAAAUUUUUGUAAACAGUUCAAAUUUCUUUUCAAACGUACAGAUUUCAAUCAUUUAUUUUUUUAAGAAAGUGAAUCGUGUAUAGAGUGCUACUUCUUCAGUGAAGUGUGUCCAGGUGACCAUUGUCAUUUCCUUCUUAUGUAAAUACAGUUAAACCUUCCUGUAGGAGCCAUUCUACUUUAAAACCUGUUUGCCAUUACAAAAAAUUAAAUUUUUGUUUGAGAUAAAAAUGAA